AUGUACAACAGUCACUUCGUUGGGGUGGCCGCCUUGAACGAGAAUCCCGAUCCGGAUGAAAUUCUGGGAAUCGGCAAUGGCCCGAACAUUCCGGAUGCAGCGGGAGAUCUCCCGGCGUUUAUUGUGCCGUAUUCGCCGAGGACGACAACAGCUAAACGGCCCUCGAAUUCGACGUCGACAGGGCUAGCCGCCAUGCCGACGAUACCCGGCUAUAAGGCCAGUGGCCCUUUUGUGGGUGUUGCAGGCGCUGCGUUAGUGGCAGCUUUUUAA